AUGCUGUCCCCCGAGGCGGAGCGGGUGCUGCGGUACCUGGUGGAGGUGGAGGAGCUCGCCGAGGCGGUGCUGGCGGACAAGCGGCAGAUUGUGGACCUGGACACCAAAAGGAAUCAGAACCGAGAGGGCCUGAGGGCCCUACAGAAAGAUCUCAGCCUCUCUGAAGAUGUGAUGGUUUGCUUUGGGAACAUGUUUAUCAAGAUGCCUCACUCUCAGACGAAGGAAAUGAUUGAGAAAGAUCAGGAUCAUCUGGAUAAAGAAAUUGAGAAACUCCGAAAACAACUUAAAGUGAAGGUCAACCGCCUCUUUGAGGCCCAAGGCAAACCGGAGCUGAAGGGUUUUAACCUGACCCCCCUCAACCAGGAUGAACUUAAAGCUCUCAAGAUCAUCUUGAAAGGAUGA